AUGACGGAAAAAAUUACUUUGGCCGAUGCUUUAUCCAAUGUGGAAGUCUUAGACGAGUUGUCACUGCCCGAUGAGCAGCCUUGCAUAGAGGCCCAACCAUGUUCGGUGAUAUAUAAGGCAAAUUUUGAUACCAACUUUGAGGAUCGUAAUGGUUUUGUUACGGGUAUAGCCAAGUAUAUCGAAGAAGCUACCACUCAUGCAAAUUUGAAUGUCUUACUGGAUGAAGGCCAAAAGCAUGCUGUUAUGCUGUACACUUGGCGUUGCUGUUCGCGCGCUAUACCACAGCCCAAAUCCAAUGAACAACCCAAUCGUGUAGAGAUUUAUGAGAAAACCGUAGAAGUUUUGGCACCCGAGGUUAAUAAACUAUUAAAUUUCAUGUAUUUUCAACGUAAAGCCAUAGAGGCCUUUUCCGUAGAAGUGAAACGUCUCUGUCACACAGAGAAACGCAAAGAUUUCGUUUCGGAGGCAUAUCUUUUGACAUUGGGCAAAUUUAUCAACAUGUUUGCUGUUUUGGAUGAAUUAAAAAAUAUGAAGUCCAGUGUUAAAAAUGAUUACAGUACCUAUCGACGUGCUGCCCAGUUUCUUAAAGUCAUGUCGGAUUCUCACACCCUGCAGGAAUCACAAAACUUGUCUAUGUUUUUGGCCACACAGAAUAAGAUACGCGACACUGUCAAGGAUACUUUGGAGAAAAUUGUGGGCUAUGAGGAUUUGCUAUCGGAAGUGGUGAACAUUUGUGUACAUAUGUUUGAGACCAAAAUGUAUUUGACUCCGGAGGAAAAACAUAUGUUGGUAAAGGUUAUGGGCUUUGGUCUUUUCCUUAUGGACAGUGAUGCUUGCAAUAUUAAUAAAUUGGAUCAGAAAAAGAAAAUUCGUUUGGAUCGCAUCGAUCGCAUAUUUAAAAAUCUUGAGGUGGUACCUCUGUUUGGUGAUAUGCAAAUUGCACCCUUUAAUUACAUCAAGAGAAGCAAACACUAUGAUCCCAGUAAAUGGCCUUUAUCCAGUUCGAAUGCUGUUAGCCCUCAGGCUGAUUUAAUGGUACAUUUGCCGCAAAUACGUGAAGAUCAUGUUAAAUAUAUUUCCGAGUUGGCUCGUUAUACUAAUGAGGUUACCACCACGGUUAAGGAGAAUCCUUCGGAUGCCGAAAAUAGAGCUACUUCUGAUUUGGCUUUGCGUGGUUUGCAGCUGUUGUCGGAAUGGACAAGUGUUGUAACGGAAUUGUAUUCUUGGAAAUUAUUACAUCCAACCGAUCAUCAUCAAAAUAAAGAAUGUCCCGUAGAGGCGGAAGAGUAUGAAAGAGCAACUCGCUAUAAUUACACAUCGGAGGAGAAAUUUGCUUUAAUUGAAGUUAUUGCUAUGAUUAAGGGAUUGCAGGUUCUUAUGGCCCGCAUUGAAACCGUACUCUGCGAAGCCAUUCGUCGCAACAUCUAUUCGGAGUUACAGGAUUUCGUACAGCUCACUUUACGUGAACCUUUGCGUAAAGCGGUGAAAAAUAAAAAGGAUCUUAUACGCAGUAUUAUAAUGUCGGUGCGAGAAACUGCUGCCGAUUGGCAAAAGGGCUAUGAACCCACAGACGAUCCUGUCAUUAAGGGUAAAAAGGAUCCUGAUGGUGGUUUUCGCAUAAAUGUGCCCCGUCUUAAUGUCGGACCUUCUUCCACUCAACUCUACAUGGUGCGUACCAUGUUGGAGUCCCUAAUUGCCGAUAAGUCGGGAGGAAAACGUACAUUGCGUAAAGAUAUCGAUGGCAAUUGUCUUAUGCAAAUUGAUUCUUUCCACAAGACCUCCUUCUAUUGGAGCUAUUUGUUGAAUUUCAGUGAUACCCUACAAAAAUGUUGUGAUUUAUCGCAACUUUGGUAUCGUGAGUUCUAUUUGGAGAUGACAAUGGGCCGUAAAGUCAAUAAGUGUAUGGUGAGACAUCAACAUAAUGAGGAAUGCAAGGAUUUGAUAACUAUGGAAAAACGCAUACAAUUUCCCAUUGAAAUGUCUAUGCCUUGGAUACUAACCGAUCAUAUAUUACAAACUAAGGAGCCCUCAAUGAUGGAAUUUGUUUUAUAUCCUUUGGAUUUGUAUAAUGAUUCAGCACAUUAUGCCUUGACUGUUUUUCGUAAACAAUUCUUAUAUGAUGAAGUUGAGGCUGAGGUUAAUUUAUGUUUCGAUCAAUUUGUUUAUAAAUUGAGUGAACAGAUUUUUGCUCAUUACAAGCAGUUAGCGGGAAGUAUUUUCUUGGAUAAACGUUUCCGCUUAGAAUGCGAAGUUUUGGGCUUCAAUUUUCAAUCGUAUCCACGUAACAAUCGUUAUGAAACUCUACUUAAGCAGAGACAUGUACAGCUUUUGGGACGUUCUAUUGAUUUGAAUAAAUUAAUCACGCAACGUAUAAAUGCAAAUAUGCAUAAAAGUAUUGAAUUGGCCAUAAGCCGUUUUGAAAGUAACGAUAUAACAGGCAUAGUGGAAUUGGAAGGUCUAUUGGAGUGUAAUCGCAUUUGUCAUAAAUUACUAACGAAAUACUUGGCAUUGGAUAAUUUCGAAUCUAUGGUUAAAGAGGCCAAUCACAAUGUUUUGGCGCCAUAUGGACGUGUCACUUUACAUGUGUUUGUGGAAUUGAAUUAUGAUUUUUUGGUUAAUUAUUGUUAUAAUGCAGCUACCAAUAGAUUUGUGCGCAGUAAAGUUAAUUUGGCAUCCUCUCAGCCCAUGCAACGUGAAAAGCCACCACAAAUGUCACACUAUUAUCUGUGGGGUUCGAAACAAUUGAAUGCCGCCUAUUCUACCCAAUAUGGUCAGUAUACCGGUUUUGUAGGUGCACCACAUUUUCAUGCCAUGUGUCGUCUUCUGGGCUAUCAGGGCAUUGCUGUUGUUAUGGAUAUCAUUCUAAAGGACAUUGUUAAGCCUUUGAUACAAGGUUCCCUUUUGCAAUUUACCAAAACUCUAAUGAGCGCCAUGCCAAAAUCUUGUAAGCUGCCUAGAUGUGAAUACGGUUCACCGGGUGUUUUAAGCUAUUAUCAAGCUCAUUUAACCGAUAUUGUGCAAUAUCCCGAUACCAAAACUGAACUAUUUCAAUCGUUCCGUGAAUUUGGUAAUUGCAUUAUAUUCUGUUUGUUGAUUGAACAGGCUUUGUCACAGGAGGAGGUGUGUGACCUAUUGCAUGCUGCAUUAUUUCAAAAUAUAUUCCCAAGACCAUUUUGUAAGGAAAACGAAAAACCAGAAGCCAAACAAAAACGUUUGGAGGCACAAUUUGCUAACUUACAAAUUGUCUCGAAUGUAGAGAAAUUGGGCACCGCUAAGCAAGCCAUGAUUGCCCGUGAAGGAGAUUUAUUGACACGUGAACGUCUGUGCUGUGGCCUAAGUAUUUUUGAAGUAAUUUUAAAUCGCAUCAAAAGCUAUUUAGAUGAUCCUGUCUGGACUGGGCCGGCACCAGCUAAUGGCAUUAUACAUGUGGAUGAGUGUUCCGAAUUUCAUCGUUUAUGGUCAGCUUUACAGUUUGUUUACUGUAUACCUGUACGUGGUACCGAAUACACUAUAGAGGAAUUAUUUGGUGAGGGUCUUAACUGGGCUGGUUGUGCUAUGAUUGUUUUAUUGGGUCAACAGCGACGUUUUGAGGCUUUAGAUUUUUGCUAUCACAUAUUGAGAGUUCAAAGGGUGGAUGGCAAAGAUGAAGAUGUGAAGGGAAUUAAACUUAAACGCAUGGUGGAUCGUAUAAGACGUUUCCAGGUUUUAAAUUCCCAAAUAUUUGCGAUUUUAAAUAAAUAUCUUAAAGGCAGUGAUGUGGAAGGUUCAAAUGUAGAACAUGUACGCUGUUUCCCGCCACCACAACAUCCUUCAGUGAUUUCUUCACAUUAUCAAGAUCCCAAUAAAUUAAGACAAAGUAUGAAUAAUUAAACGAACAACAACAACAGUAACUAUUAAAAUCCAAACAAUAUUAAAUGUAAUCAAUCUAUACAAAUUUGAAAUAUUCAAGAAUAUUAAUUAACAUUUAUUAAAACUUUAUUUUUAGUUUAUAAGUUUAAUAUUUCAUAUUAACACAAAACAAUAUUGUCUUAGCCAGUAUACAAAUACAAGUAUUUUACAUAAAUUCUGUUUUUUUAACCAUAUUUUUCAAAAUUUAUUUCAAAUAUUAAAAAAAUCUUUAAACUUUAACCCCUUAAGAGGCCAAAGAUCAUAUAUUUCAUUUAUUAAGCUUUCUUCUCUAAAUAAUUUGGCUUGAAUUUUUUUAUUAUUAUUUUUACGUAAAUAUAUGUGAGGCUUUUUUUUUAUAAAAUUAAGCAUUUUUAAUACAAGAGCACAUACUCAAGACAAUGAAGAUGAGAAUGAUGAUUGAAAAUUGAAAAGAAACAUACAACAAUGAAGGCAUUUUUUGCACAAGAAAGACACACAAUAAAUAAAUGGAAUUGCAUUUUGUCUCUCUUUUUUUAUUAUAACAAUUAUAUUUAUUAUUACACUGCAAUUAUUAUAUUAGAUGGUACGGAGUUUUUUUUUGUAUUACAAUAAAUAUUUAAUCAUUUACAUAAAUAUAUAAACGUAUAAACGAAUGAAUGAUAUGAAUUGCAAUUAAACAAUUUAAAUAAUAAACAUUUACAUAUUUGUACAAGUAGUAAAAUAAAA